UUCAGCAGCCGUGAGACCCUCUCUUCCCCAAGUCUCGUUUCUCUUUCUUAUUCUAGAUCUACAGUUUCUCAAUCUUUACACUUUUGUUGAUCUCUGCUUUUCUAUUCGUAUCUCAAUUUCUUCUUUUUGAUUUUUGUUCUCUCUCGAUACUGUUAUCUCUUCUUUCUUAGGUUUUGAUUUUUGUUUCUGAUUCACGUUGUUUGUUUGAAGCGACGAAGAACACCCGGAACACGAACUCCUUUUCAAACAUCAUCAUCUAGCUGACGAUUAUCAAAAUCUGGAUGACAUGGGAUAACUGUCUCUUCUCUAUUAUUUUUUAUCGAUUUUCCUCAAAAUUUUCAAUUAGGGUUUACAAUUUUUUGUAAUUUAGAGCUUUGAAAUCGGUUUGUUGAACUCAUAGAUACUAUCAUCUAAAGUUUGUUCGAUUAAUUUUUGCUGAAAUUUAUGGGGGAUUUUGGAGUUCUUUUUUGUUGUUUAAUUUCAAUGGAUUUUGAAGGAAUGGGAAGUAGUAAGGAAUUAACUCAUGUUAGGAUUAAUAUCAUUGGAGGAUCCAGGAAAUUAUUCAAAAAUCUUUAAUUUGCUCAUUCUUUGGGGUUUUGAUUGAUUAAAUGGGUGAUUUUGAUAUUUGUGUUGAGGCUUGUGCAAGUAUGUAAAAGUUAGAGUGAAGCAGAGGGAAGGUCUUCAAACUCUUGAAGCUAAGGGUAUCGUAGAACCUAUUUGUGAUUCUGAGGACUUGGUAGUUCAGGGGUCGAGAUAUAUAGAGCAAAGGAGGCGAGUUGGAGGAGGCUGUACAAUCAUGUUUGAGGAUUCGGAAAGAAGCUUAGCUCAAUCCUUGAGGAACGUCUAUGAUAGGUUGUUUAAAUGCACGUGCUCAAAUGCUAAGUGAUGUUCAGGCUGCACAACUUGUUGUCCGAUGCUUAAAGUUAAUGGAGGACCUGUUCAUGGGUAGAUCUCUAAUAAAGUAUGAUGCACGUCUGAAGGUUGGUGGAAAAAAAUGUUGUUAUGACGUUAGUACUGGAGCAGAGUGCAAGUUGAAUGACACAUGCUUAGCUGUCAAAACAAGCAGGUUCGAUAUCCAUUUCAAGCAUUCUCUAUCUGAAUUAGUUGCAUCGUGGAAUGGAGGGGGUCCGUUGUACCAGCGAUUGGAGUUUGAAGAGUAUCGCCGAGAUGAUCAGUUCAGUUCUGGAAACAGGCUAGCUCAACUACUGAGCUUCACUCAUCAGAAAUCCCAACACUUACUCGAGUCUCAUUGGUCCCCAGUAUUUUUCAGAUUCUUCAUCAUCUUGGUCGUAUUUACAAGACGAGAAUUCAACAUCCUCGUGUGAUCAUCCUCUCAAAGCCACAAUAAUCUGCUGCAUUCUGAUUACUCACUGUAAGAGAUUGUAACAUUUUGUUUCUAUAUGCAAUCCUUAGAAGCUAAAACAAACAUAGUUGCACCAGUACAAUGUAAGAAACGAGAACAUAUUUACAUAUGCAAUCUUUCAGUUGUACAAUUUGACACCUGAUUUUCUUAAUGCAACAUGUAUUUGGUUCGCUUUCUUUGUAUAAUGUCUUUGAGGUUUAAACCUGUGGGAAUGUAUGUGUGAACAUAGAGUAUGAGAACUAUCAGAUUGAAUUGCUGGAUAUAAAAUGAAUCAGGGUUUU